CGGUGUUAUAAAUGGAGUCCGGGCACUGGAAUGGUCCUUCACUGACAGGCAGCAGGCAGAGGAGCACCUGGAGCUCACACAGCAGGACAUCAGCAGCACACCUGCCGGCCACCAACACCUCCACACGGCUGUGCCCCCCGAGCUUCCAUCAACAUGGUUGGACUCAAGCCUUCAGACAUUCCUCCAACCCCCGGGGUGAAGUUCCUGAGUGCCGGGACUGCUGCCUGCAUCGCCGACCUCUUCACGUUCCCGCUGGACACCGCCAAAGUCAGGCUGCAGAUUCAAGGAGAAAAAACAGCUGUGGAAGCCGCAAAAAACAUCCGCUACAGAGGAGUGUUUGGAACGAUCACGACCAUGAUUAAAACUGAAGGCCCGAGGAGUCUCUACAACGGUCUGGUGGCCGGGCUGCAGCGCCAGAUGGGCUUUGCGUCCAUUCGAAUCGGACUCUAUGACACGGUCAAGCAGUUCUACAUGAACGGCAGGGAGAAUGCCAGCAUUGGGAUCAGGAUCUUGGCAGGGUGCACCACGGGAGCGAUGGCCGUGUCCGUCGCUCAGCCUACCGACGUGGUAAAGGUCAGGUUUCAGGCUCAGAUGAACCUCCGGGGCGUACAGAGGAGAUACAAAGGCACGCUCCACGCGUACAAAACCAUCUUCCUAGAAGAAGGAGUCCGAGGGCUUUGGAAAGGCACUUUGCCCAACAUCACGAGGAACGCCAUUGUGAACUGUGCCGAACUGGUAACCUAUGACAUUAUCAAGGAGGCCAUCCUGAAGCACAAUCUAAUGACAGACAACUUGCCCUGCCACUUUGUUUCAGCGUUUGGAGCCGGGUUCUGUACCACGGUGGUGGCCUCGCCAGUAGAUGUCGUCAAAACCCGCUAUAUGAAUUCGCCCCCGGGCCAAUACACGAGUGCCAUCAACUGUGCCUGGAGGAUGCUCACCAGAGAGGGGCCGACGGCGUUUUACAAAGGGUUUGUCCCGUCAUUCCUGAGGCUGGGCUCCUGGAACAUUGUGAUGUUUGUGUCUUACGAACAACUGAAGCGAGCCAUGAUGAAGUCCAAGCAGUCCAUGGAAUACGUGGCGUGAAGACGGGCGUCUGCAGAAUCUGCCUGUCCUGCUAGAAUUUGAUCCAAACAGACACACGGAGACAGACUUCAAACGGAACAAAAACAAAAAAAAAGGGAAUUCAGGUCGUUUUGAUUUAGACCACGUUAGAAAUUAAAAUUCGGAGGGCGGACCAGAAAUGAUCCGUAAGCACUUUCAAUCCCUCACGCCAUUCGGAGCCGG